CCGCAUCAGAAGGUUCAGGCCUGCACCAGAUGCCCCUUGUUCUUUUGUGCAGGGGAUGAUCUCUCUUCUCAGCCACGCUGCUGAGGGCAACUUCCAGCCAGUCUUGGACACACUCACCAUCUUUGCGUCCAGGCUGUGCAAAGGCCGGCACGCGAGGAGGUCCGCACGCAAGAAGAUGGAGCUGAACAGCGCAAGAGCCCAAGCCACACGCAGUGCUCUCAUGCUCGCCCAUGGCCGCUUGGCACUGCGUGCCUCCAAGGAGCAACUGCUCGCCCGCCUGGAGGGAGACAUCGUGGGCAACAUCCUGCUGCUCUACAGCUGCAGCUGCCGGGACUUGCAGAACAAGCUCGCGCUGGUGCAGAGCAUCACCGACCUCAGCUCUGCCUUCCAAGCUGUGGGUGACUCCGGCCGCUUUAAGCCCUCCUUGAAGGGCAAGCUGCUGGAGAUCCUGAUGGACUUGCUGAAGGAGUAUUACUUGGGCACUCCUGUAUCCCCAGUGCCCCUCCACGUGGUUCUGGCCCUGGAGCAGUUGAGGUAAGGGUGGGGAGCCUCUGGGGUUGCAAGGCAAGAUGGUGGUGGUCCUCCUUUUGG